AUGGAAGAUUUUUCAAGGAUAAUCCAGCAUCAACUACUUACAGAAGCUUCGCCUCAUCAUCUUCGACAGCUUCAACAUAUUGUUCAACAAUUCAGUACUGCUCCAGGUCAGGUUAUAAAUUUGCAGAAAUCAGUUAUAUUUUUUAGCACUAAUGUUACUCCUUCUACCAGAAACAGAAUUGCAAAUAUCAUGCAAAUGAAGAUUAUGGGUUUGGGUGAGAAAUAUUUGGGUAUUCCCUUGUUGCUGCAUAGAUCAAAAACUAAAAAUUGUCGGCCAAUUUUGGAUAAUAUGAAUAUCAUACUGCAGGGUUGGGUCCUCAAGUUACCAGAUGCCAAAAUUCAGCAAAUGGAUCAAAUUCAAAGGAAUUACUGGUGGGGUAAAAAGAAGCAUUUCAUUGGAUGGUAUAAACAUGAGCCACCUCCUCCUUGUGAAAACACUAGUUGGAUAUGGCAAAGUAUUCUAGAUGGGUUGCAGAUUAUAUAUAGAUUUGGUAAAUGGAAAAUAGGUAAUGGCACUACUGUUAAUAUUUGGAAACAUAAUUGGAUACCAUGUGAACAAGAACCUUUAUACAAGUGGAAUGAUCUAAACAUAAAUGAACUUCAAUGGGUUUCUGAUCUUAUACAUUUUGAGACACGAGAAUGGAAUGUUACACUUUUGAGAAAAUUGUUCUCUCCUCAACAGGUAGAUUCUAUUUUAACUAUUCCUCUGAUGUUACAUACUCAAGACACUCUCAUCUGGCCACUUACAUCCACUGGAAUUUUCACAGUAAAGUCAACUUAUAAUCAUCUUUGUGAAAUUGAUUUGCAUGACACCAAUCUAUCCUCCUUCAGUACAACUUUCUGGUUAAAGUUCUGGAAGCUCAAGAUACCUUAUAAGCUGCUGAUUUUUUUGUGCAAAAUAAUUCAUGAUGCUCUUCCUGUUAGAAGCAACUUGAGACAUGUUCCUGAUAUAAUUGAUUUCUCUUGCCCACUUUGCAAUAUAGGCCAUAUAGAACAUAUCAAUCAUCUCUUUUUUACCCGCCCUUUUGCUACUGCCAUUUGGAAAGCUUCUCUUCCUCAGCAUUUUCAUCUUCUACAACAGUAUAAUACUAUUUCUGAUUGGAUUUAUACUUGGUCCUCCACUAAUGUUGUGUUCAAUUUUUAUUUAGAUUCUCCUUCUAUACAUGGAAUUCUUGCAACAAUGUGGCAUAUAUGGACAUAUAGAUGUCAAGUUAUCUUUCAGCAGGCACAGAUUAAUAUAAACUCUGUUUUACUUCCUUUGUUCAAGCAUCUUACUAAUAUUGCUUCAUCAUUAGUGUCUAAUCAGCAUGCUUUCCAUCCUAGACAUAUUGUAGGACAUUCACAUCAUCGGAAUCCUCCUCCACCAGAUACUUUAAAAAUGAAUGUUGAUGCUUCAUAUCAUAAAAGUUUUUAUCUAUCAGGUAUUGCUGUGAUAGUUAGAACUUCUACAGGACAACAUGUUGCUUCCAGAGGAGUACUUAAAAGAGUAGAAAAUGCUUUUCAAGCCGAAACAUGGGCUUUAUUACAAGCAAUGCAAUUGGCUAAAGCUAAAGACUGGGAUGUUGUUAUCUUUGAGUCUGAUAAUAAGAGUUUGAUGUUGUAUAUGAAUAAUGGUUUUCCUUUACCUCCCUGGGAAUCUUCUACCAUUUUAUCUUUAUGUGUUGAUCUUUGUAAAAUACACCAGAACUGGAAGUGUGUCUAUGUACCUAGAGUGUGUAAUAAAGCUGCAGAUUGUCUGGCCAAAUCAGUUCGCAAGUAUUUUAAUGUAGAAGAGUGGUGGAAUAUACCACCUGCUGAAAUCUCUAUAUCUUUGGACAAAGAUGUCUCUAUUACAUAA